UCAGCAAACAAGAAGUGGUGGCUGUAAAACAUUAUAAAUAGUUUGAAGAACGUUGUUUUGUGUACAGUAGAUUAGAAUAGCAGAAAAUGUUGCGCAUCAUAGCAACAAUACUAGGACUUGUAACUUCUUCAGCGAUUGGUCUCCAAAUUGAAGCCUCGCCACACAUAGUUGAUGUCGGCGAGACGAGAAAUCUGACAGUAAAAUGUUCGACAACAGUGGAAAGCAGUUCAAAAAUGGCUAGCCUUAUUUCGCUCAUUAUCUCCAGAUCCACUGAUGCUAAUGAUACCAACUUCAAAGAACUUAAUUCUAUCAACGUUUUCCAGUUAUCUGGACAAGUCAUUGAAAACAUCCGCGACAACCAAACAUCAACAGGUGUCAUUGAUGCUUACAGCCAAUCGAAUCUGAGCCUGGUUUGGGAAUACCCGGACGCCAGCAAAACUGGACUGUACAAGUGUGAGGCAAACGGUGUGGAUUUUGCUGGACAUCCGGUUGCCAUAAGUAGCACAGUACUAGUAGUAUCUGUACAAUCUGAUAGUCAUGUAUUGAUGCAUGAACUAAAGAACAUAAAUACUAAAAUAGAUGUCUUAAACAACGUCAUUGAAAGUCAAAAUAGAACUAUAAGCAACUCGUUUGAUCAAAUAAACAGCUCUAUUCAAAAAUUAGAGGCAAACCAACAAAUAUGGAACUCUCGUUUUCAGUCGAUAAAAAAACACAUGUUCACAAAUUGGACAGAUUUCGAAAAUCAUCAGUACCUACUUUCCCAUAUUAGAUCUGUUGUAUCGGUGGAGGAUUAUGAAACCAUUUGUGAAUUGUUUGGCGGGUAUUUAGUUGAAAUCGAUUCUAUUGCUGAGUUUAAUUUUCUUCGUGCUUUAGUUUCCAGUCAUCCUGAGUUUAAGUAUAUAAUGGUAGGUGCCACAGACAGAGCCACUGAGGACCACUGGAUCAACAUUCACAGCGGAACUAUCGCACACAACAUCCAGUGGGGGCAAGGGGAGCCAUCUCAUGACGACGAUUAUAACUGUAUGCUAUUUAGUAGGGCCCACCAUUGGUAUAUGUAUGAGUGGAGUUGUUUUUUCCAAGCAACGUAUUCUGAGAAUGGAUUUAUUUGUGAAAUUUCUGAAUAAACUUACACUUACUUUUACACCGACAUAUUCGUUUUGUUAAAUAUUAUUAAAAAACUUCAUUAACUGCUGAAGCUUACAAUUCUUUCUCUUGCAUUUU